GGCCAGCCUAUGGGGCGGAGCCGCUCCAAACCGGCAACUACUCGCUUGUGUUGCUUAUUCAGCUCAGUCUGCUCUCCUUUGACCUGUUUGUCAACUCCUUCAGCGAGCUGCUGAGGCACGAACAAGCGGUCCAGAUGAUACUUUUCAUCAUUCAGGACAUCGCCAUCCUAUUCAACCUCAUCAUCAUUCUCUUGAUGCUGUUCAACACGUACGUGUUCCAGGUCGGACUGGUGGCCGUAUUGUUGGAGAGGUUUAGAGCGCUGCUAAUGCUCUCUGCCCUCUAUCUGACAUUCAGUAUAAUACUCCAUUCCUGGAUCAUGAAUCUGCGAUGGCUAAAUACCAACAGAUUUAUUUGGACAGAUGGCCUUCAGGUGCUGUUUGUGUUCCAAAGAGCCGCUUCCGUCUUGUACUACUACUUCUACAAGAGGACCUCGGAGUAUUUGGGGGACCCUCGCCUCUACGAGGACUCACCGUGGCUGCGAGACGUCUUUGAACGGGUCAGACACUGACGCCCGUUUUGUUUAUCAACAGACAAACCGGCGGGAACAUGGACAAUGGGACCAAGUGGAUCUCUUAGAAUGGGUUUAAAGCAACAUGUCAAGAAUAUGGUUGGAAGCAUGAUGCCAGAGAACCGAUCCGAGCCUGAUCCUGCAGCUCCUUUACCUCCCUUUGAAGCUCGGUGCUCUUCAAGUUGAACUGUGAACCAAGACAACAGAAAAUGAGCUGACAAAGCGUUUGCGUACGGGCGGCGGAAUCAGUCCGACUCACCUUGAGAGCGUGUUUGUAGAACAACUCCGCCUCCUCAAGUCUGUCACACUAAAAAGAUUUCAUAGAGUUUAGGUAUGAUGACCGUGGAAGGUCAAUCUCACUCCACUGCGUGGGGGAUUUGUUGCAUUGAAGUACUAGAGCAGGGGUGUCAAAGUCAAGGCCCGCGGGCCGGAUGAAUUAUCUAUGGCCCCCUGGAUGAUAUUUGAUUAGUAUUAGAAUCGGCCCGCAGGCCACAGCCGCCUGCUGCUGUUCUGCACGCACCAAUACUCCAUCAGUGUUGGCGCUAGGAGUUUUCAAAAUAGGGUCCCAGGGACCCCAUCAAGUCAUAAAAAUGGGGUCCCACAGUAAAUUUUUGGGGUACCACUUUUUGGUAACUGUUUUGAAAACAAAUGAUAAAUGCAUGCAUUAUCCUGUUAUAUCUCACAUUCUAUAUUGUGUUUUGGAAAAAGGUUGUCAUAAACAUUACUUCAUUCAUAAAACAAAUAAUAAUAAUAAUACAAAAGAAAACUAAUUUCUAUGCAUAUGUAAAUGUAUUCAGUUAUAAACAUUCAUUCACGUUCUUCUUUCCUUCAUGGAUCUAAACUUUAUCGCUGCCAGAAUUUUUUUCUAUAUUUUUAUUGUAAUAUUUUUUAGGAUGUGUUUGUUCUAUUUUUGGCCAAAGUAAGAAAAAGAAACAGGUAACACUUUAGUAUGGGCAACACAUAUUCACCAUUAAUUGGUUGCUUAUUAACAUGCAAAUUUGUAACAUAUUGGCUCUUAAUUAGUCAUUAUUAAGUACUUAUUAAUGCCUUAUUCUGCAUGGCCUUAUUAUACAACUAACCCUAACUCUAACCCUCUAACUCUAACCCUAACCCUCCAACCCUAACCCUCCAACUCUAACCCUAACCCUCUAACCCUAACCCCCUAACCCCAAACCUAACCCUAACCCUCUAACCCUAACCCUCUAAAUUAAGUCUUUGUUACUUAGAAUAUGUUCCCCAUACUAAAGUGUUACCAGAAAACAAUCUGAAGUUGUCUUUAUUUUUUAAUUUGAAUGUCAUGUAUUUAAUAUUCCGGCCCGCGCGUGCAUAGAUUUUUCCUCCAUGCGGCCCCUGAGCUUAAAUGAGUUUGACACCCCUGUACAAGAGUGUUCUCUGAUCAGAUGCCACUCACCCUGAGGCAGAUCAUAGACAGGUAGGUCCACACCUCUGCGUUCUGGUUGUUCAAGUGGUUGGCCUCCGUCAAAGCUUCUUCAGCCAGACUAAGUUCCCCUCGCUGCACACU